AGGUCGCGUCGAGAGUUGCGAGUCGGACACGAAGGGAGACAGUGGAAAGCGCUGACGAGGGGGACCGGGAAAUCCCACUGAAGUGUGGAGUAACUGUCCCUUUACCCGUCCGGGAGUGUCUGUGUAAGUUCACCGCCGCUGAGGGGAGACAAACCGGGAGCCAGUUUUGUCGAAGGAAGUCUUGACAGCUGUACAGACUUCUUGCUAUCCCCCGCAACUCUCUGCCAAGGGGAUUCAUGUUGGUUUUGGAUUUUCACUGGCCGAUGCACAAACAGUCUGGCAAGUGGCAGAGUGGAUCACGGUGGGUGGAAGAGUCCUCAUUACAUCUGAGACCUGAAGGAGUGCAGACGUUUGAAGGAUCUGCUGCAAGGUGACAUAAAUUUUCAAGAUGGGUGGAGGUGAGAGAUGUAACAUUCCUGUUCAACAGUAUAGACACGCAGUCGGCAAACAGAAUAACCGUCAGAAGUUAUUUGAACGAAACAAUCAGAAGCUGAACACUUCGCAUUGUAAAGACAGAGUUCGUGGUCCAGCAUGGCAGGCCAUGCAGAACAGAGUAAUCAACAAUAACCUUUCUGCAAACCAGAACUGGAAUUCUGGUUUUCAUGGAUCCAAAAACCUCUUGAGUAGUGAAGAUAGCAAGAAUUAUGCUGGUGCCAAAUUUAGUGAGCCACCGUCACCAAGUGUUCUUCCCAAACCUCCAAGCCACUGGGUGCAUCUGUCUUGUAGCCCAGCCGAGAAAGAAUUGAUGUCCUUCCAGCUCAAAACACUGCUGAAGGUCCAGGCCUAAGCAGCAUGACCAAAUCUAUACAGCAUUUACAGAUGAUUGCAGAGUAGCAAGCUGAAGACUGUCAUAACUUGUUUUUGGGGACUUUUUUUUUAUACAUAUAUUGCAUCAUUAGGCACAUAAACCAAUAUGAACUGGCUCUGCCUAAACUUGCUCAGGAGCUAGACUGAACUGAAUAUCUGGAGAAACUUCUGUGAAGCCUCCUGCAUCACAAGCACUUUUUUUACCGCCUGUUUUGUGCAUAUCUCUCUGAACUUGCAUUCAUCUGCUCAAACAACGUUGAUGCAAUACUUUGCACUUGACAUAAAACUGUGAAUUCGGUGAAGGCUAGCUUGGAAUGAGUAGCAUUGUCCAGCUAGCCUUCACAUGAGCUCCAUUGUUUCUCAGUAUCUGUACAGUCCGGAUGGAUGACUCUUCAUCCAUCUUUCUCUUUUUCAGUGUCUGUUAAUACAGACUUGCAUUGGUCUAGCAUGUACAAAGGCUUAAUCUUGCCCACCUACAAGAUGCUUUAUUUUUCUGCCCCUGAUGCCAGGAAUGUUGUGGUUAGUUUGACUAGGGGUCCAUUCAGAUGUCCGUAGUGCAUUGCGGAUCCACAAUACACCUGGCCGGCACCCCCAUAGAACUGCCUAUUGUCUGCAAUUGCGGACAAGAAUAGGACUUUUUUUUUUUUUCUUCUAAAUGUGGA